GGUGAGAAAACGCUCCUAACGCACAGGCGCUCCGAGCUGCUCCCCCCGCAGCUGACCUCCCACUCUUGGACCUUUCUUUUGUGCGUGUGCGCGCUACCGGAUGAGCGGAGCCACCGGAAUAUAACUUCAUUACCUCUUUGUGUGCGUGUGCGCACGCGCUUGGGAUGAGAAAACAUGCCCUUCUGCAAACGCACAGUUCUCCCCAAAUAUCUGGCGCGGCGGGGGGCUCUGUUCGCGGACCUGACGGACGUAUGCGGCUUCUCUCUGGGCUCCGUGCUGCGGCAGCUCUCGGACUUGUCCCGGCUCUGCGUCAGCCUCCUGGAGGAGCUGGAGGGGGAGCUGCGCUCCGUGUGCCGCCGCUGCGGCGCGCUGGAGGCGCGGCUGUCCGGACUGCAGAGGCGGACGGCGGAGAUGAUCAGCGGACCCUUCCCAGCCAGCAGCAGUUUGGAGGCAGAGAGCGGCAGGCGCGGCGGCGGCAGCAGCAGUAGCCAAGGCGAUGCAAACCACAGCAGCAGUGGCAGUGGAGGCAGCAGCACGGCCCAAUUCAGGUUGCCAUGGCAACAGAGCGUGAACGUGUUCGGCUCGUGGAGCAGGCCGGACUGUGUCGAGGAGCUGCACCAGCAGGCGCAGCUCAACCUCCAGAGCCUGCUGCAAGAGUUUGAGGAGCAGCUGUUGUGUGACUCCAAGCUAAGUGGUCAGACCUUCCGCCAUCCGUCCUCUCAGAGCUCGGACGACACGUCGCUCAGCCACUCUCCCACUUCUCUCAGCAACAGGAGACCUGACUUCAUCUUUCUGCCGGCAUCCAGGCAGCUCUACGAAGAUGAAACCACCUCCUCUGUGUUUGGUCUCAGGUCUGUGACCCAUCCGCCCUCCUCCCAGUCCCCAUGCAGCUCAGAUCGCCCCCUUCUGGGCUGGAGCAGCAGCAACAGUAGCAGCGGUGCAGCCGCCUCCAUCACUGCCGCACCUCCGAUUGCAGAGAAGCCCAGCUGGCAGCUUGGAGGACAGCCGCUGUCUCAUCUCAGCAUCCCAGGUGAAAAGGGAGGAGUCAAAUUCCACGGGGUGGACCUCCUGCAGCACUCUCAGUCCCCUCCCCCUCCUCCUGUGGACCCGUUUCCUCCGCAGCCCCACUCCCUGGAGCCUGUGAGCGACACCCCACACCAAACCCUGCCUCUGAGGAAGACACGCUCCAACCUCGACACCGCCUCAGAUAACAGUUUGGAGCAUCCUCGGGAAAAGACCAUGGACCACUCUGGCCUGCUGUAUUCCAGCUCAUCUUCCACACCCUGGAACGGACCUAAAGGCUCCACAUUUUCUCCCGCUGCCUGGAAAGAGUCUUACAAUCACACAAUAAGCAAAGGCCCCGCAGUCCCCCCCAAGCAGCACAGCAUCAUCAGGAGCGCAGGAGGAACGCAGGACGGAGUAAUGCUGGUGAGCUCAGGACAUUCGGGGAGCUCGCACUCCAGUUCUUUCACCACUGUGACCAAAGCUUCCAGCACUACUUGGAACAACCAACAGACGGGUUCAGUGGCAGGGAUGGCGAUGGGGAGGAGGAGUGAAACGGAAGGGGCCGCAGCAGAGGGGGGGGAAGCUGAUGGUGCCAGGGAACCGGGACGAGGGAGAGAAAGGUCAGCACGAUCCAUAGCAGCCCAGAAUGCCUUUAAGUUCCGAGAGCGUUCCCUCUCGACUCCCACGGAUUCUGGCUCCUUCUGCUUUGACUCAUUUGCCGGGAAUGGGAAUACUUUGGCAACGGAAAGCCAACAUCACAACUUCCUAGGGGAAAGUUAUGCCCUCCUUUACCCUAAAGGGAGCUCUGAAGACAGCACAAGCACUGCUGACACCAUAUCCGUGUCUGCCUCUGAAUAUAGCACAGAUGGCCGUCUGCGCUUUCCAUCGCGUUCCAUCUCACUAAAGAAGUCAAAGCGCAAGCCUCCCCCCCCUGUGAGGAGCGUCUCUCUCAUGAAAAACCUGGGAGAAACUGAGGGAAGAAUCCGACACGAAGGAGGGCUGUACCGAGAUGGCCGGCCAAAGAGCCUUCACAUACCCAGAGACCACUUCCCAGACUUCCAACCUGACUUCCUCCUUCCAGCUUCCUCUUCAAAAGCCAGUGUUGGAGAACGACAGCUGGGCAAAGGGGGACGCAAUGGACCUCCAAGUCUGGAGAUCCAGGCUCCAGACACUGAAGGCGAAACAGAAGAGGCCUUUGCUAAUCAGUGGCAGCUAGGAGAGUGGAAGAGCAAUGACCCCUACAGGUCAUUGUCAGGCUCCAGCACAGCCACAGGGACCACAGUGAUGGAAUGCAUGAAGGUCAGAGGCAGCUCAGAGUCCCUCCUUGACUCCCCGUCCACCUCCAGAGCGACCUCGCCCUCACAGCUCUCUGUGGAGACUGAUGCCAAGCCGUCCUCCCCAUUCAAGCCUCCGGGGUUUAUGUCGCCAUCGAGUGGCUACUCCAGUCAGUCAGAAACGCCCACCCCAACUGUUCCACUCCGUCAUGUGUCGGGCCAGGGGACAGUUGGGACAAUUGGGUGUAAGAUGCGGCCAAAGAUACCAGAAAGGAAAUCAUCACUGCCUUCGCCUAAGGACCCAACUGCCAGAUCCAGGCUGUCCUUUGAAAUGCCUGGGAAUGCACACUUGGAGCUGUCAUCCAUCAAGCCAAAGCAAAAGGCCAGCAGACGACAUUCUGACACUUCUACGACUCCAAAGCCUGGAAAAGUCAGCCCAAGUUCUUCACAGGCAUUACCCAUGGUCACUCAGAAUGAGCUCAAGACCAUUCGACUUCGUUCUAUUUCCCGUGGCGACCUGGAGGACUGUCCUGAUGGAGCUUCUGACACCAUUGAAGAAGAGCUUCAUGGAAGAGACUUUAGGGAAGACCCCAGCCCCCCACCCACUCUACCAAAACCCAAACCACCCGUUGCCGUCAAGCCUCCACUGCCGAAACGGCCCAUAAACCUUCCCCUCAAAUCCCCAUCUCCCUCGUCCACCUCCCCCCAUGCCAUUGACUCCCCUCCAGCCUCCCCUGUGGAGCGGCCCGUGCCCUUAGGCAACAUUUACAAAGUCAUGAAAAAGCCAAAACCUAAAAAACUCCCCCCCCACUCUCCAACUGGUCCAACAGUUCUUCCUGAUGUAAAUUCAACCAACGUGCCGCAGACUGGGUAUCAUCACCCAUUCCUCCCUCAAUCUGACACUCUCCUCGACCUCCCUCCUCUCCCAGACCCCCAACCUCUUUUAGAAGAUCCACUGCUGGAGCCUGAACUUGACACAGAAUCAGAAUUACUGUUUGGUCCUGUAGAUGGAGGCUCGCUACCAUCUCCCUGUAGUAACCAGGAGGUACCAGAGCUUCCCGACAAGAGCAAAACGCUUCCCUCCAGAAUGACUAUCUCCUGCCUUGCAGAAUUGUCUGACAAAAAGAAACCCAAGGUACCUCCUCCAGUCCCCAAGAAGCCGAAUGUCUUGCUUCUUCCCACAUCGCUUCACUCAUCUACUAAUGGGAGCACAGACCGUCAGAUACAUCAGACUAGCACCUCUACCGACCUGCGAUCUCCAACUGCAGCAUUCCCCCCAGAUGAAGUUUCUACUCAGGCUUCAGAGACAUCUUACCAAGACAAGAACUAUGUGGAAACCGACGAGGACAGCUCCAAAGAGUCAUCGCUGCAGGAUUCCUCUCUUUCAGAGCGGGGAGAGAAGAUGUCAAGUAGUGGGAUUGGAUCAGGGGAAUCAGCUGUCAGCGAGAAGACCUCUUUCCACGUUGCAGAAGAAACAGACGAUGACAUGAUGAUGAGAACACCUCCAUCACACACCACUGAGGACCUGUUCACCAUCAUACACAGAUCCAAGCGGAAGGUUCUGGGUCGCAAGGAGCCUUCGGAUUCCUUCAGCAGCCGGCAAAACCUGGUGUCACCAGUGAAGCACAGCAGCAGCGGGGCUGAUCCAAGAAACCUGACACUGGGCAGCAGCCAGAGGUCCAGCUCCCGCAACGAGAACUUCAUGGCUCUCCUGCAGAAAAAGGGCAGCAAGUCUUCCAGCGGGGGAGCCAGAGUGUCUGCUAUGGAACUGCUGAAGAGCACAAACCCUCUGGCUCGACGCAUUACAGAGUUUUCUACCACAACGCCAUCUAACAGCGAGGGGGAGGAUCCUCCACUUGUCAGUGACAAACCCUUUGACCAAUGAAUGGAGGUCUACAGAACCCCCAUUAAGUGUACAGCCUGCAACUUCCCACUAGGAUGGGACCCUGUUACUGUCCUUCAACCACUGACUGCCAGUUUGCACAGUCCAACCAGAUGAAGCAAAUUUGGACAAAGGUGUUCUUCACAGAGUUGUGGAUCAACCUUGUUCUUACAGAGACUCUUUCUUCUGACUGCAAUUAAACGCUUUGGGAAAAAAAAGAGGGGAGGGGUCCUGAGGAACAUGGCUGGAGGGGUGGUGAAUGGACUAUGACACUUAGAAUGUAAAAACUUUCUGGAUGAAGUCAGCGGUUCCUAGAAACCCAACAAACCUGCAAAGGAAUGAAGGUGUUCCUGAACCUUGAACUGAUGGCAUCUCCAUUCCUCUGUUGUCCAUGCAGCUUUGUCCGGCUUUUUGUAGAGAUGUUUAUGUCUCAUGUACCUGCUGGGGGUGACCUUCCUGCAUUCCUCACAGGAAGGACACCUGCACUUUUCUUCUCCUAUGCUUCUUUGCUUCUUCUUCUUCUCAUCAGAAAGGAGUUUUAACCUUGGCUUUCCCAUCCCAUCAUGCCUGAUGGAUGUUUCUUGUACUCGUCUUGUGGGAGUUGCAGACUCAGUCUGGAUUCAAGGACCACGAUCACAGACCAGCUGUUGUUUCUGACGGAAGGACAGAUGCCAGCACUAAUGCCUGGUGGAAGCGGCCUGCAUAGGCGCACCUGUGCAAGUGUUCACAGGCCUGCUGAAUCUCUGGAUGGAGAGUAUGAAGCAGGUCUGGUUACUAAACAGGGUUUUUACUCAUUCUGUGUCUGUGCUGUUUGGACCAAAUGACUGCUGGAGAACACAGACAGACCUGACAUAUGUACAUGUGUGCACGUGUGCACGUUUGUUUGUGCCAUUGGAAGUGCCAAUCAGGAAGUUAGCUGCCUGUGACGCAGGUGAACCUCAUUUUGUGUGUUCCUUGUGACUGUAUGUGUGGAUUGUGUAGGGGUCUCUAGCCUUAGAGCAAGUCUAGGGGGUUCCUUAACCUCUGACCAGAACUAGAAGAACGUGGACCUCCGGAGUUCACUUAAAAUGUCCCACCAUGGGAGUUGCAAAGAGACACCAGCAUGUGUGAAAGGAAAGACGGCUGGCAAUCAAGCAGGGGGUUUAAUGUAAUAAAAAUAUCUCAAAAAGAGCCCAAGAUCCAAAGAAAGAACAGUAGAGAUUCCAAAGGUUCUGGUAUCAUAAAGGUUUUGAUCACAGACAGACCUUUCAGACCAGAAAGGGGCUGCCGAUGGUUUUCCGAAUCUAAGCGAUCAGCUGGUGCAGUCAGUACGACAUUAUUUUUUAUGUCUAAUACGCCACUGCAUAACAGAAAAUGUGGUGUACUGAGUUAUCACUGAGUAUGGAAAAGUUCAUUCAUUCAAUCACUUUGUGAAGGAAGUGAUAAUUUAUGCCCUUUUCUUUGGUUAGGUAACCCCGCCCCCAGCUGGGUAUGUCCAUUAUGAUAGUGGUUCUUCACUGGAGCCCAGCAAAUAGUUGUGUUCUGAUUAAGCACCAGGGCUAGAAGCUAAAAUGUUGCCCUAAGGCUGUGUGAAAUGACAGACCUUGUUCUGAACUGAGAGGAAUUCUGAAUAAAAGGAGUAUCUGAAAACCCCGUGAGAGGUUCUAGACUCUUUUAGAUUCUAAUCUAACUAGGAUUCUGGCCUCUGUGAGGUUACUAUCUUAGUGAAGAUCUAGUAUAGGUGAGGUUCUGAUCUCAGUGAGGUUCUGAUCUUAGUGGGGAUCUGAUCUCUGUGAGGUUAAGGUCUCAGUGGGAUUCUAACUUCAGUGAGGUUCUAGUCUAGUGAGGUCCUGGUCUUUUUGAGGUUCUAGUUUAGAUGAGGUUCUGAUCUCAGCCCACCCUCUCAGUCACAAACUCACAGCUCCAGACAGAGAAAAACACAGACAAAUCUCAGACAAGAUUUGUAUUUUUUUCUGUUGCCCUUCCCACCCGACCCCGCUGAUGGGGGUGUUCCCACAUUUCCCUGUUUCUGUCUUUUAUCUGCAUAUUCAGGCAUUUGAAAAAUGUUGGAGGGAAAUUCAGUCAGUGGCAGCUUGUGUGUAUGUGGACAGAAUUCCCCCCCCCCCCCCCCCCCAAUAUCACUGACAUCAUGUGUUAGGUUUGGGGUUGACAGAGAUCUUCUGUUUUUUUAACAAAAAGGUCAGAACUGUUAGUCAAAUAAUCUUAGAAAAUAAAAGUUAUUCAAAAUUUAUAAACUUUAUUCCUGUAUUAUUUGAAAACUGUAACUUUAUUUACAUCUAUACUUGCUUGUGUGAAAAGAAGCAGAAGGCUGAGACAGAUUUUCAAUUUGCCUUAGAAUCCAAACCACAAGGUCAAUCAUGCACCAGUAAAACCCCACCCCUCUGCCACCUCAAACAAGGGGAAACAAACAAACACACCCCUGUCCAGUGUGGACCCCAGCAAUGGCCUGAGAAGAUAACACAGACACAUAAAGACAGAGAAUAAUUGGAGCUAUUCUAUUUUUGUUAUUCCUCAUUUAAAAACAUAUUUAAAGUAAAUGUGUGUAUCUAUCAGAAAUCCUGUUUUCUGCUCGUCCAUGCUUUGAUCAGCUGAUCGCUGCCUGUGAUGAAAUGAUGAUUAUAUCUAUAUGAAUAAAUUAUUUUUCUUGUUUAAAA